GUACAAAUGGCUUAUCUAGUAGCCCACAUCAUUGUAAUUGUAUUGUUGACCAGAUAUUUACGGGAGGUCUUCAGUCAGACGUUGUUUGUCAGGCAUGCAGAGGUGUGUCCACAACUAUUGAUCCAUUCUGGGACAUAUCGCUGGAUCUUGGACCCAGUCUACAUCUUCAGUCUUCCAUUAAUGGACCCAGUUCUACAGAAAGGGUAGAGAAUGACUUUGGACUUAACAAAGAGCUGGAGCCUACUUCUCUUCUCGACUGUUUAGAAAGGUUUACCCACCCUGAACACUUGGGAAGUUCUUCGAAAAUCAAGUGUAGUGCUUGUCAAAGUUAUCAGGAGUCCACAAAACAAUUAACUAUGAAGAAACUACCAGUUGUAGCUAGCUUUCACUUAAAGCGUUUUGAGCACUCAACAAGGUACCACAAGAAAAUUUCCACUUUCAUCUCAUUUCCUCAAUACCUAGACAUGACUCCUUUCAUGUCAUCUGGGUGUGGUAAGGCAAGUAACGUUAGCAGAACUGGUGAUAAUGGGUUCAACAACAGUAUUAACUUAGCAGACAACAAAUACUGCCUUUUUGCUGUAGUUAAUCACAUUGGAACUAUAGAGACUGGCCACUAUACAGCCUACAUCAGACAACACAGGGAUCAGUGGUUUAAAUGUGAUGACCAUCUUAUCACAAGAGCUACAGUACAAGAUGUGCUAGACAGUGAAGGGUAA